UCCUCCUCUGCAAAUCCGCGCGCGUGCUCGUCUUCUUCCUCUUCCUUCUCUCGCUCUCUCUCUCCCUCCUCGAGGCCGCGACGCGUACGACGGCAAUGGAGGAAGGCCGCCGUGGCGACCGCGAGGGGAAGAGCGCGGCCGGGUGGACCGCCCUGUCGACGACGAAGACGACGCUGGAGGAGAAGCGGCGGCUGCAGGCCAACGGGAGCGUCGGCGGCGACGCCGGGACGAGUGGCUUCCGGAGGAUCGUGCGGCUGUUCUUCGCCUGCAUGGUGGCCGGCGGCAUCCAGUACGGCUGGGCGCUGCAGCUGUCCCUCCUCUCGCCCUACUCUCAGACUCUCGGGAUUUCCCACUCGUACGUUUCCCUGACAUGGAUCUGCGGACCAAUCGCUGGAUUUGUGGUGCAACCCAUCGUCGGUUACUACAGUGACAGAUGCACCAUGAAGAUGGGCCGCAGGAGGCCUUUCAUCCUUGUUGGCUGCCUCAUCAUCUGCAUCUCCGUCAUGAUCAUCGGUUUCUCGGCGGACAUUGGACGUCACCUCGGUGACACCAAAGAGCACUGCAGCACGUACACGGGUCCUCGCUGGUCGGCCGCCAUGGUGUACAUUGUUGGCUUCUGGUUCCUUGACUUCGCUAACAACACUGUCCAGGGGCCGGCUCGUGCCAUGAUGGCUGAUCUGUCAGCUGGACACCAUGGCCCCAACGUCGGCCAGUCGAUCUUCUCCCUGUGGAUGGCUAUCGGCAGCGUCCUCGGCUACUUGUCCGGCGCCAACGGGAAAUGGCACGAAUGGUUCCCAUGGCUGAAAACCGCGGCGUGCUGCGACGCCUGCGCGAACCUCAAGGGCGCCUUCUUCACCGCCGUGCUACUCAUCGUCGUCAGCAUGACGGUGACGAUGUACCUCGCCGACGAGAUGCCGCUGGACAAGCAGGACGUCGACACCUCCGGCGGCGGCGGGUGCGCCGUGUUCGUCGACCUCUUCAAGAGCCUCAGGAACCUGCCCCCCGCCAUGUUCAAAGUGCUCGCCGUCACGGCCGUCACCUGGCUGUCGUGGUUCCCCUUCAUCCAGUACAACACCGACUGGAUGGGACGGGAGAUCUACCACGGCGAGCCGCAGGGCACGGCGGCCAAGGCCGACGUGUACGACGCCGGCGUCAGGGAGGGCGCCAUGGGCCUGCUCUUCUGCUCCGUCGCGCUCGGCGUCACCUCCUUCGUGAUCCCCAAGCUCUGCCGCAGGCUGACGUCCAAGGUGGUCUGGUCCAUCAGCAACUUCCUCGUGUUCGCGCUCAUGGCGGUGAUGGUCGCCGUCGGCAUGGUGUCCAUGAGAGGGUACCGGCCGUCGCUCGCCGCCGGACUCACCGGGCCGGACCCGACGCUCAAGGCCGUCGCGCUCGUCGUCUUCGCGCUCAUCGGCAUCCCCCAGGCCGUGUUGUUCAGUGUUCCAUGGGCCGUCGCUUCUGAGGUUACUGCUGAGGAGGGUGGCGGCCAAGGUCUUGCCAUUGGUGUCCUCAACAUUGCCAUUGUUGUCCCACAGCUGGUGAUCGCGCUCACCGCCGGCCCGAUCGACGGCGCCUUCAACAAGGGGAACACGCCGGCGUUCGGCAUCGGCGGCGCCUUCGCCUUCAUCUGUGGAGUCCUUGCGCUCAUCUGGCUACCAAAGACAAGGGGUGUGUCCAACGCCGCCGUCGUCGCCGGCGGUCACUAGUGCGAAACUCCAUCAAAGGCACCACCCGGCCGGCCUAUCGCCGAUCGAUGUGCCAUGAAUUGGGAGUGCAUGAGACUCUGAAAAUUUUCGCUACAAACUCAAUGUUGAUUCGUUCGCUGUGUUGUCCUUAGUUUUUUUUUUCCCUACUCGUUCAUGUCCAUGUGAGAGUGUUAAGCCGUAGAGGACAAACAGGAAUUUUCCUGGCUGCCUUGUUUAUUGGCAGAUCUCAGGAAACCCAAAUAUUUUAAGAUGAAGAAUUGUUCUCUCUGCUUUAGAGUGGUAGCAGCUUCUGAACAACGAGAAAAAAAAAA